GUCAGCUGUUGCAAGCUAAAUAAAACUAAAUACAAGCCGGCUGAAAAACAAAUCGACUUUUCGCAGAAUUGUCAUGAAUUAGGUACUGCAGAAUGGAUCUAAUAUUUUCUCAGGAUGUGCACGAUGCACAAAAGUUCCUGGAUUGUGCGGAGAAACUGGAGUACGACGAGUUCUCGGCGAAAAUGUUUGUAUUCUGCAAUGCGCACAGCGAUGUGGAUGUGUUUGAGCUAAUGGGCAAUGACCGGUUGUCGCAGUUAAUCUACGGAUGGGAGGUGUGCCACCUGCCCACCAGGGACUCCGAGUCUUUAAAGGCUCCAACGCUGCGUCACAUGGUGCGGGUUUUGGCCCACCACUCGCUGCUGAUUUGGUUUAGCCAGGAGUGGAAGACCUGCUCCGAAGGUCUCAAGCAACUGUUGCUCUACAGCCUCACCAAGGCGGUGCCGGCGUUCUACCAGAUUGCUGACCUUGCCAAUUUCAACUGGUCGUACGUUCUGCAGUUCCAGACAAAGCCCUGGAGCCUGCCCUAUCUGCAGCAGCUAUUCCUUAACCUGAAGCUGAACAAACACACCGCCAUCGAGCACCCAGUUCCUGCGGCAUCAGAAGAAGAAGUUGCUUUUCUGAUACAGGAAGGGAUAUCUCUGGCCCUGCUGCGGCUAAUACAACUCUUUAAUGCCGGCAACUUUGAGGCCGUGAAACAGCUGGCGCUUCGGAUGCUGGCUGCUUGGGUGAAAGCACACGAAAAUGAUCCAUUUGUGUCCUUUGAAGGGGAUAAAAACUCAGUUACACUAAUCGGUCAUCUAUACCUCUUGACUGUUUUUGUAAGAGAUGAAAAUCGAGGCUUUGUGAUAGAUAAUUUGAUGUACAACAUACGGUUCUAUACCCAGAUCAUGCAGGAAGCUUCGAUCUUAUAUGACAUUAACUUUACGCCAGCUCGACUUAUUGCCCAGGUUUGCGUGCGUCUUCAACUCGGGAAAAAUGGGUUCUUUGAGCAAAUUGGGUUUAGGAAAUUCAAAUUCAGUCUGGUCACUUCAUUUGCCGUCAUACUGGAGGUCUACGCCAGCUAUGUGCUGGGGAAUCUCUUGAUGGAGCUUCAGGCGCUCAACGAACACGAUUUUCUGGAGCACCUGCCACAGUUCAAAGAGCUAAUGUAUCGCUAUGUAGAGGAGCGGGAGAGCAGCGAGCGCUUCCUUCUAGGGGAGCUCAAGAAGAAGGAAAACCAGAGAAACAGCCACUUUCAACCACAUGUUGUAGAGCUAAAUCUCAACUACCAGCAGCAGAUAUGCAAGGGAAACCGAGCCAGCAACUUAGGCGACUACAAGAACUGUGAUGAAGACGAAAUGAUUCAACCUGAGGUGGACGAAGAACAGGAUAGACAAAUAGAUCCAGUGUUUCAAAAUGUACCAAACAAUGAGGAAGUUUUGAGCUUUGUGUACAAACUGCUGGCAGAACGGAAUUUUUCAGGCUGGAAAUUUGCUAAGAUUGCCCUGCUGCUGAAGAUCAUUGGGCAACAGUUGAAUGCAAUUGAAAUAUGGAAAUAUCAUCCCGGAUUAACAGUUGAUUUUAUGCUUAAUUUGGAAGAAAAGAUGUCGGAAAACUAUGCUGACCUCGCCAAGGUAUUCUCCGAACAUGGGUUUAUGGAGGCAGAAUUUUGGCUGACUGCUUUCUACCUCCACCCCACAUCAUCUAAUUAUAACGAAGUGAGGCGCUGUUCGCGGAUCAAGAAAAAGCGACAGGAGGAUGACUUGCUUCCUGCUACGACGCCACAGAACGUCAAGUACGAACUGCUGAGCUCCACCAUCGAUGUGGACGAGAUUGUGAAAAUAACGAACCAUUUCGAUCCAGUGGCCGACUACGAUUCUAUACACAAGUCGCUGCAGGCGUUGCGGCUUCCCCGCAGCAUGAUCCAGGACCUGCUGACCGUGGUCUUCCAACCACGGAAUAAACGAUACUCAUGGGCUCUCGAUUGGCACACGCUGCACGAGCGUUGCCAUGCCCUACUCAAAAGCCCGGACCUGAAGAGAAAAUUUGUGUCUCUCAACAUGGCCGAGGCAGGCGACAAUUUGAAGUACCUCAAGAUCGACUAUGCCAAAUACAGGGAUCGCCCGCAGUUGGACUAUGGGACCAUAGAAGAGGGCUACGAAAAUGCUGCUAAUCUCCCAGAGACUGAGGAAGAAGCUGAACCAACGCCAGCAGUGGAUGAUGAAGCAGAGAAAGCCAAGGAGCAGAAAAAGCGGCGACCCGCAAAACGCAAAUUUUGGGACGAAGUAGUGUUUUCGGAAGACGAGGAGGAGGCUGCCUCAAGCGAUUCGGAGCCCUACUACACGGGAAAUGGCCGACGGACUCGGGUUAGGGCCGCAGCCAUGGUAGCCAAUGCCAUGUUGUCUGACAUGGAUCGAAGUGUGCGCGGUGGGCGACGAUCGAGCUCUCCAGAGACAUCAAAUCACCAAUUUCAUACACAGCCCGUCGUCGAGCAGCAGCCAAAAAUCGCAGUCCAGCCUCCAAAACAAGUGUGUCUACAAGAAACCUCCGCACGUGUCCAAAAGCGUACGAUUAGCGAACUUUUGGAGUCACGACCCAAAUUUACUAAUGAAACCGUCGGUUUUAAGCCGAUUGCCGACAUAUGGAGUUUCAAGAAGGAAGAGCUGCAGAAUGUGGUAGGCGACAGCAGCAGCAUGAUAGAGUGCGCCUCGAUCAUAAACAAAUUCAAAAUCUUGAAGGCCCUCAAAAUGGCCAAAGCUGCAAAAGCACCCGUGCAGCCAUGUCCCCAGCUUGUUCGAAAAAUCGUUCGCACGGGAUCGGAAACUGAAAGCGUAAACUCCGAAACUUCCACGAUGGCUACCCACGACUUCAAUGAGGAGGAGGUCAGCGAAGGUUCUACCGCUGUAAGUAAUGAGCUAACACCUUCGCCGACCACAAAGUCUGAUUUAACCACGGACCCAGAAGUGUUGCAGCCCACUGGUGGAACCAAGACGCAUUUGAUCCAUGGGAGCCUAGAAUCUACAAAAGUGCCACAGAAGACUCCGGAGUUUAAGUUUUUGACCAAGGAGCCCGUAAGAACUGGAGAACAGACCCAGCAGCCACUGGGAGAUGCCUUAAAGACUAGUGAUCUUAAACAGGUCCUCCCAAAUAGACCGUUCAAAGUAGAGGAACUGGAAGCAAGACAGGCGGUCGAAAAGCCAAAAGGAACUAGACAACCGCAACGAGAUCUGCCGAAUACUAGAAAACAAAAAGAUAAGCUUAUCCACAUGCAGCACUUAGAAAAUUCUCAGCUGCCUAAUGAAAUGUCAACGCCAUCAGAAACCGGGACAGAAACCGACACCGCGGAGGAGACCCUUCUGUGGGAUGGCAGUGAUGAGAACCCGAGAAACAAGCGCUUAAAAUUUAGCACAGUGAACAACGAAUUCAAUUCCAGAUCUCCUGCAAGCGAUACCAAGGAAAUGGAGACAAAUCGUCAAAUCAACGAAUGCCUGACGCGUUCUUCUCAGGUGUGCUUAACUGGGCUGACACCACAAGACAUAGAAAAACUCAGGAGAGUAAGAGUUCGUGUUAAGCGAACUAAUCUGGCAAAUUUAUAUCACGACCAGACACGUCGCAGCCAAAGAAGGCUCACAGCGAGUCUGAACGGCCAGAGCCGCUCCCACACCGAGGACAGCAAUGCAUCUUCAAACAGCUACAAUGAGCGCCAAUAUGGUAGGCGCCGCUUUAAGAAGUUUGUGCACAUCACAUCGGACUCGCCAGCACCUUCGGAAUCGUCCACGCCAUCGCCGCGCAUGAUAAACAAUCCGAUCUUCAAGCACAUUACAUCCGAUUCCUCGACAGAUCUCGAGGAGGUGCCUCGGCCUGUUUCUGCGAUUAGAAGACGCGGGCGUGGUCGUGAACGCAGUGGACCCAAGUGUAGAACACAACCAAAUUUGCGACGAUCGCCUUCGUUUCAGCCAGAUGUGAUCGAGCUGUCCUCGGACUCUCUUUCGUCCAACUCACCAAUUCCAGCCGCUAACCACCCGAUGAAUAACUUUACACAUGCAAUGGAUAUGGAUCCGCUUUACGAGGAGGCCAUCAUUCCGUUCUAACACGCUGUUGACAAGUCGAGCCUGCUACCGAGCCGGAGGCGAUGUUCUACGUGCCCGGAACGAAUGCUGGCGAAGGGAUGUUCGGAGGUUGCGCAGCAGAGGAAGGGAGCAAGGAAGAUGAAGUAUAGCUGGGAAAAUCGAAUUCGUCUCGCUUGUUAGAAUGCAAUUAGCCUGGGGCACACUUCGUAUUUGCUUUGGCUUCCAAAACGCCAGGAUUUUGAUGAAAUUAUUUACGUGUACAUCUGUUUGACCAAGUUUCCGGCUCCGGCUUCGUAUUUCGGUUUUUAUUUGGUCUGUGACGCCGCCUGAGGGCCUUUAAAAAAGAACUCUCAUCGAGUCCAGGCCAACACUCAAUGGAAAAAGCAAACACAUCCGCACUUCAAUUAACUGCCUAAUUGAUGUGCAUUGUGGUUUUAAAAAAAAAACCAAAUUAGCUACACGCGUCGGAGGAGCUUUGUAAUACGGAUGACGACGACGGCGACACGUGGCUGCUGGUCUGAAUUUAAGUGGCAUAUAUAUAGCUCAAAGAAGCUGGGUUCGGAAAAACCGAAUUUUUGAAAUUUAAAAGCUGGAAUCGUGUGCCAGUUUUUUGCCCAUGUUUG